AGCCUCACACCGGCCCAUAGCUCAGCAAACGUUCCUGAAGAAAAUAUUACUUCAUCUCUCUCCAACAUGUCAUCGAAAUUUGCCUUGUUCGCAGUUCUGUGCCUGGCGAUGGUGGUCCUGAGUGCCGCCUACCCUUACGCCGACGCCUUCCCAGAGGCUGAUCCCCACCGCGGUGGAUACGGCGGUGGAUUUGGUGGUGGUGGAUACCGCGGUGGAUUUGGAGGUGGAUUCGGCGGUGGAUUUGGAGGACACCAUGGUGGAUUCCGUGGCGGUUACGGUGGUGGAUUCCGUGGUUGAAACGGGAGCUGCGGACAUUGAUUGAGUGCAUCAUGCCUGGAACUGAAGAACUUCGAAGCCUUCAUUGUCAUACAUUAUAAAAUAAAAAACUUAGCAUCCGUUGUUUAGUUAAUAUUUUAAUCAAUAUGCUUUUUGAAACGAGAUAGGCCAAUAAAAAUUAAUUUCCAGAGUGAUGAUCCGUCAUUUUGUCACUCUUGUGAAGAAAUUCUACUGAUAACGAUAAAAUGUUGCAAUAAAUUGCUGAACUGUGUUACCAUCAUCAACCCUUUGAAUUUCAAUAAAAAUGAUACAUUU